AUGAAUAGUAUUGUUUUAAACGUUUCUGUCGAUCAAAAAAUUCGUUUUGAAUUAUAUGAAAAUAGUGCACCAAUAACAUGCAAUACAUUUUGUUCAAAAUUACCAUUUGAAAUAAAACUAUUACAUGCGAAACUUGCUGGUGAAGAAAUAUGGUCACCAAAUGGUCCUGAAUUGGAUAUAAUACAAGAAAAUUCAACUAUUCAUGUUGAACCAGGUGAAAUUGUGAUAGCACCAAUUAAUCCAAUACGUAAUCAAAUUAGAAAAUGUAUUGGAAUAUUUUAUGGUAAUGGGAAAUUAGUUGAUUGUGCAAAUGUAUUUGCCAAAGUAUUUCCCGAUGAUAUAAAUAAAUUAAAACAAUUAGGUGAAGAUAUAUGGUUAAAUGGAAGUAAAAUAAUUCGUUUUGAAAUGCUUCAGAAAGAAACAUAA